GGUCGUGUCUGGACGACUGGUCGUGUAUAGACGACUGGUGGAUGAAAAAUGCCGUGCAGUGAAGAUGACGAUUCGCAAAAUGGUUUUGCUGAACAGCAAAUGUCGAAAGCCGAGUUGCGAAAGACCAACAAGCCGAUCAUGGAGAAGAAGCGGCGCGCGCGCAUCAACAACUGCCUCAACGAGCUCAAGGACUUACUCAUGGAUCCUGAGAAGGACCCAGCCCGCCACUCCAAGCUGGAGAAGGCGGACAUCCUCGAGCUGACCGUGAAACACCUCCAGACCCUCCAGCGUCAGCAGCUAGCCGCCGCCAUCGCCGCCGACCCCGCCGUCUUACACCGAUUCCGAGCUGGAUUCGGAGAUUGCGCCGUCGAAGUACGGAGAUACCUGUCCAGACUUGCCAGCGUCCCUACUGGAUUAAGACACAGACUGGGGAAUCAUCUGACUUCGUGUAUAAAUGGGAUAGAACGCCUAAACAAACCUAAAGACUAUCCAGCUUUAGUCCCCGACCCUUUAAGACUGGACGAUGAAAGACCAAGCGCUUUCCACUGCGUUCGCGCUACGCGACCAACAAGCCCACCCCUCAGCCCUCUCUCAUGUGACUCCGCGUGCGAUUCUUCCACUGAAUUAGAAACUCCACCACGACCAGUCCAAAAAUUCCCCUUCCCAACACCACCCAGCAGAUCAGCCUCAGACCAAGACAGCAGUCCAGAAACACAAAAACCCACAGUAUCAUCAACUACAAUUUCUCCAGAAACUUUAAAGCAAGAAGCUUUAAGACACAAGAAAUAUAUGGAGCCGUUAUCAAUAGUUAUAGACGUGGAAAACUAUAAGAUAGGAAUCGACGCGUCACCGAAGCGCGCUGUUGACUACUCCAUAAGGCAGAAGCUAAAACGAUCUGUGACUGAAACUACUGGACCUGCGUUAAAGGUCUUAAGACUAGAGCCAGAAAGACCUACAGAAAAACUCUAUGAUUUGUCGACACCAGAGAAACGAGCACCCAUAUACCCCAUAAGGUUAACGUUACCUGAAACUAUACCAAGUGCAGUAGAAAGGCCGUCAUUCGAAAGACCUGUCAGUUCUGUAAUCACGCAUACAGCGGAAUCGUUGGCGCAGUCUAGCGUGACACAGGAAAGGUUACAGAAAGAAGCGGACACCAGUUCAAAGUCUCCGGCACAGGGGACGUCUUCAGAGAUGUGGAGGCCUUGGUGAUGCUCCGCCAAUAUCCUUCCCGAUGGGAAGUUCCCAUAUGCACUGGGAUUCAUAAAUAUCUUCUUCUUCGUUACACUCUUGACAGAGUGGUCGUGGCCAUUAUGUAGACUUUUGAGCGACUCGUUCAUAGACUAAGGAAUCCUCUAGACCGAGUUUAGAGCAAUUAUUUCAUGCAACCGAUGAUGCCAAAAAUGCGGGGAUGCACGGGACGAGGUGAGCGAAAUCCCGUGCCGUGAUUGGUCCGUUCAAAGACAUGAACGUCACAGAAAGACACUUUCGACUCGAACAUGGGGUAAAAUUACCGUAUGCGUGGCAGAGCGGGUAGAUAUAUAGUCGCGCUACCCCUAAGUCUGGAGGAUGUUUUGUCUGUGGACUCGUUUAACGACACUAAAGCUGGGCUAUAACCGCGAAAAUCGAAGUUCGCAAAUUGCAGGCAUUUUUCACUGUCACUCUAAUUACGCCUUCAUUGGAGUAAAAGAGAAAGAUCCCCGCAAUUUGCGAAUUUCGG